AUGAAACGAAAUAUUAAACGAGAUGAUAAAAAUAAGACUCAACAAAUGGAACUUGAAAUCAUCAAAGCUGUAGCUCAAGCUUGGCAUAGUCACUCCAACAAUGCUAGGGAAGCAACGUGCGAGUUCGAUGCUCGAAGGCGUAACUUUCGUAACACGCCUUCGAGGUUUAAACUCGAGGUCGAAGCUUUCAACAAGUUGAAGGUGGAUGAAGAGGCUAGUAAAGGGAUAUGGAAUUUUAACCACUCUCUUUGGGAUCCCUUUGAAAUUGUGGCUGUAUCCAAAAAGUUGGAAACCGGGUUAGUUUUGAAUUAUGAUUUUGAUGAUUUGCAAAAGUUAAAUGAGCAAUUAAGGGUGUUUAAGAGAAGAAAAGAGAGUAAGAAUAGCCUUAGGAAUUUGUUCAAUGUAAUGUCUUCUAGGAGAUUUAAUGGUAAAACUCAAAUUUCUGAUUAA